AAAUCGACCUGUCGAUUACCUGAAGCUAAGGUCCAUACUUAGAACCCUGCUAUGACGGCAACUGACGUUUUGCUUUAAUCAGUUCACCAAUCUCCUGUCUCCUACCAACAUCUAAUGACACGGCGAGUUAUUGAAUAUAUCUGUCAAACGAUAACUCUCAUUUCUUGCCAACUUCCACCACCUCUUUCCUAUAUUAUUGGCGAUCCAAAGUUGCAAUGAGUGAGGAGCCAAGGACCUUGAAGUCCGUCUUCCAAGCUGCCGAAUCGAAGCGAACAGCUUUGGAAGGCACUUAUGAGACGAGCUCUCCCACUUAUCGCCAGGAUCUUGCCGACGCUUUGAAGCUAUAUCAAGAAUGCAACCAGAUAAUUAACAAGAUCUCACUAUUCAGUUCUAAUGAAGGGCUCGAGGAUAUUGCUACGUCUGACCUUCCGUACCUUCUGGUCAACUAUCGCAUAGCCGAGCUUGUUCAGAAGAUCUCAACACAAUCACCCAUGGAAAGAAAGGCUGCUUUGAACACGACCCGGGAAGCAUAUGAGAGGUUUUUACACCUUCUCGACAGUUACUCGAUAUUAUCUCCAUCGGACAGCAAGCUGUUCACUGAAUAUAAUGAAGAUCCCUCUGCCUUCUCCACCAUAUCUACCUCGGAUCCAGCAGCUCGGCGCAAUGCCAAGAUUGCUAAUUUCAAGGCAGAAAAAGAGUUGAAGAAGAAGCUAGAGUAUAUGCGAAAUUCUCCGCGAUAUCUAGAGGAUGGGGGAGAUGAAGAGGCUGUUCGCGAGCUCUAUCUUACGAACGUUGCUUUCUUUACCCACAUGGCGUUUCAAGGCUUGGAGGGAAUCAACCGAGAGGCGGAAAUAUUAGCGCAAGCGCCAAGCCCCUUGACGUCGCAGUCAGCAACAGUUGAAGACGACGACAGGCGGCGCAGAGAAGCGCAAAAUAAUGAUGGUUACUCGGAUAGAUUAGACGCCCCUUUGAGCAGUCUCCAGUCCUCGGGUGGGGGUCCACUUCUCAGCAAACAGGGAAAGCCCCUACGACCAUUCACUCUCACAUCUAAUCGGCAAGAGCUCCAGAGAGGGGUAUUCCGUCCGGGUCAUAAUCUCCCUACUAUGACUAUUGACGAGUACCUGGAAGAAGAACGAAGACGAGGGAAUAUCAUCGAAGGUGGUGGAGAAGCCAGUUUUAACAGGCCCGAACCGGAUGAAGAUAAUAUGGAGAAGGCAGAUGCUGAGACUAUGAAAGCUAGAGAAUGGGAUGAAUUCAAAGAGGCCAAUCCUCGGGGAAGUGGAAACACCUUGAAUAGGGGUUAGAGGUAGAUAUUAACAGGGUAUGCCUACCUAGGUACCUAAGGUAGUAAGUAGUAAAAUACCUUAUAAGGAGUACAAUCACUUCUUUACUCACCUGAAAUAUGUCAAUUUAGACAUUUCCGUUAGGAACUUCACAACUGAUUAAAUUUCAUAUAUAAACCAUGAGAAAAAGGUGCAAAAGUACAAAAGGUUGUUGAAAAGAUGGGAAAGUCACUGCUUUACACUGCUUUACACCGUAUAUACCGUAUAUAUACACCUAUAUAGGUUAAACCAAUACAGUAUCGAUUAUCAC